AUGUUUGUUAAUUGGUAUUUCCCACCCGAAUAUCAACCGAAACCAUUGACUUUGUUAUCUUCAAUCAAGAAACAAUCUCCGCCAUCGUGUCAAACUGGAUCCAAUGGAUCAGUAUCGAGUAACAUUCUUUCGAAGAUUUCCUCUGUUAACCAUUCGUCGUGUUCGGUAAAACAAGAUGAGAAAGCCGUUCAACAUGCCAAACAAAAAGAGUCAAUGAUCGAAAAGUAUUAA